CACACGGAUCGCCAAGAGCAACGAGCAGAUUUACCGAGGGAACCUGAGGACCGCGCUCGGCUACUACAACCAGAGCGAGGGCGGCUCUCACACCUUCCAGCAUAUGUACGGCUGUCACGUGGGACCCGACGGGCGCCUCCUCCGCGGGGACCUUCAGUUCGCCUAUGACGGCAAAGAUUACAUCGCCCUGAACGAGGACUUGAGGUCGUGGACGGCGGCGGACACGGCGGCGCAGAUCACCAAGCGCAAGUGGGAGGAGGCUGGUACUGCAGAGAGAGACAAGGCUUACCUGGAGGGCGAGUGCGUGAUGUGGCUCCGCAGAUACCUGGAGCUCGGGAAGGACACGCUGCUGCGCACAGGUGCAGGCCGCGGGCAUCUCCGCCUCUCCCUCGGGCUGGGCUCAGGCCUGAGGAAGGAGAACCCUCAGCUGGGUCACGCCCCUGUCUCUGAGGGAACCGGGUCCCUGGGUCUCCUGAACCCCCAUCGCGGUGACUGCACUGACUCCAGGGCUCACCUUCUCCCUGACAGUUCCAACUCUGUCUCCAGGGGAGGAGACAGGGUCCCCACAUGACAACAGGGACCCUUCAGUCUGCAGCCCGCUGUCAGCUAUGGCCUCUCCCAG